UGCAGUGUCAACAUUUAUAACAACAAAGAGCCAAAUAAAUGUCUUCUCAUAAUUGUUGAUUUUGCUAUAUAGCCCUUCCUUGGUCAUAAAGUAAUCUCUACCAGUGAUUUUUGCCUCCUCUGCUCCAGAAAUCAUGUGACGGGGAGGGGCAGAGAAUCAGGAAACACACUGCUGCUGCUGCUGCAAGUCACAAGAAAGCUCUCCAUCAUGGCCUACCAUGCUGGGUCUCCAGAGGAGCCCAGUGCUUUGGUUCACAAUAUCAGUUCCAACAUCCAGAAGCUGACGCUGCUGACCUCGGAGCUGCAGAGGGCAGUUUCUCUGCUGGGAACAGAGCAAGACAGCAGCCAGCUACAACAGACGCUGCAGCAGAAACAACAGCAAGGCAACCAGCUAGCAAAGGAGACUGACAGACUGAUCAAGGCAUUCAGUGCACUUCCUGUUGGCCCAGAUCAGCGGCAGAGGAAGAUACAAAAAGAGCGUCUGGUGAAUGACUUCUCCGCUGCCCUGAACAGCUUCCAGAAGACCCAGCGGCAGGCGGCCAACCAAGAGAGAGAGUUCGUGGCCAGAGUCCGAGCCAGCUCCAGGGUUUCGGGAGGGCACCCUGAGGACAGCUUCGGAAAUGUGCCUAAUUUCCUUGGGGAUUCUCAGGUGCAGGCUCAGACUGAGGCCAUCACUGAAGAAGACUUGAGGCUGAUCCAGGAGAGAGAGUCGUCCAUCAGGCAGUUGGAGUCGGACAUCACAGAUAUCAAUGACAUCUUCAAGGACCUGGGGAUGAUGGUCCAUGAGCAAGGAGACAUGAUAGACAGUAUAGAGGCCAAUGUGGAGAAUGCAGAUGUGAAUGUCCAGAGCGCCACACAGCAGCUGGCACGUGCGGCAGACUACCAGCGGAGCUCUCGGAAAAAGAUCUGCAUCCUGAUGAUAUUGUUGGCUGUAGUUGCUGUUAUUAUUGGACUUAUCAUCUGGGGUGCAGUGAAAAACUGAGGGCUUCUUCUUCUUCAUCUUCCCCUCCUCCACCUCUCCUGUUCAGUCAUCACCCUGGACAAAGGAAUGAGCAGCGGCCUUACUUUCCUCAUUCUCCUCCUUUACUCACCCCCUAGCCUCACGGGAGGGGGGGGGGGGGGGUGCGGCAAUGGGACUGUCUGUCUUUCUUUGACUUGAUUAUAUUUUAAAGAUGUCCUCACUGACAGAACAACACACUCCUUCACUGUGAAAACAGGUUGUUUUACUGUUAUAAUUGACUUUAAUUUAAUUUGAUUUAGGUAUGAUUGUCCUAUAGGUGCAGUCGUGUUAGCUACACCUUUACUGAAUGAUCAAUAAGAUACAUUACAGACAACGCUUUUGGGUGCAAUGAAGCAGCAAGUUACUGUAUGUAGGAAAGGGGGAAUUAACCUUCAGAUCAGUUAUAUUACUGCAGCUGCUUUCUUUUAUCAGGUAAGAUAUGGACAAUUAAAGCAUUAGAGUCAGCUUUGGUCCAUAACACAAUGAAGACAAACUGCAUUCAGCUUAUCCCAAUGCAUUAUCUCCUGUAUGUAAAAUUAUAAUUAAUUAAAAAUAAUAGCUCUCUUCUAUUCAAAUUCAUGUAGUUGUAACCUUUUGAUAAAUCCAUACUAAAUCUCGUGAUUUGGACCAUAUGUUACUGGAAUAGCUGUCAGCCAUCUAUUCCAAGUAGGUUGAAGAAGAUUUUUUUUUUUUUACUUCAAUUUUUUUAAAUGCAAAAUGCAAUAGUUUGAGUUGUGUUUUAAGGUUUGUUUAACUGUACUUUGUAUGCUUCUUUUAAAGACACCGCACUCCACACAGGUGUUAUCAAUUUUCUGGCUGAUUAGACCUUGUUACGUGUUGAAGGUGGACGAUAGCUACGUCAAUCACUCGUGGUCCGCAGGAGAGGUCGAAUCAGCCAGUCUAAGUGAAAACACCUGUGUGCGAGCUUUACUCACAGGAAAGUACCGGCAGUGAAUUAUCAUUAUUUCUCUGUGAUUGACAACACAGUAACCGUCUUUUUUCUAAAUAUGAAGAAACCACAACCCAAAGUAAAGUAACUGAAACCAAAAAACUACUAACUAUUUGACAUAUGUAAAAUUAGGAUCACAUGUAUAUUUUCAUUAUUGAGAACUGGCUGCCUACCAUGUGCUGAAUAAAUUACCUGACAGUACUGAACCUG